AUGGAUGGCAGAAUGGACGACGAUGUAGCGGACACAGAACGGAUCAAGCCAGACUUGCGAGAAAUGCCGAGUGAAGACGAAAAUACCCGACGUCAACCGAAUGAGGCCGAUAACAGCGCACCGUCGAGGGGUUCGGGCGACCGGAGCAUACUGUCAAAGGGUGGCGGUGACGGGAGCUUUCUGACCGGGAGCCCCGGAGAAGGUGUAGCGAGGAAAAUGCGGAGCGACAACGUGGUUGAAAGAGCACACAACGACGCCGUACAACGGUCCCCGAAACACGACAACUGUCUCAACCCACAAGGCAUCAACAAGGACGCAAACUCCAUACAUGAAGCAAAACACUACGAGCAACGGAAACAACAUCAAGAAUUCCUAGACCACGCAAAGAAGCUACAAGAAGAGGUAAAGAAGCAAUCGUCUGUCAUAGAAAAUUUGCUUACUGCUAAAAGACAGCUGCAAACGGAACUUGAACAGCUAGCAGUGAGAGAACACCACUACCGAGAAAGAGCAGAGUAUCUCGAAGAGAAAAUACAAGCCAUAACUGCGGAAACCGAAGAAACGAGAGAGCAAGCGAAAGAUGUUGUUUCGGUGCAUGACAAGCUACAGGGGCAGAUAGAAUGGCUGACACAAGCAAGAGACAGAGCCCACCGCAUCAAAACAACGGCGAUGCGAGAAAAACACCGCAUCCAACAAGAGCUGAAGCUAGAACAGGCCAAAAUGGACCAGAUGACAGUCGCGCUACGAGAGGCGAAGAAACAAAAACUUGUCGCAGACAGACGACGGAUAGAAAUGGCAAGAUACAAGGACGACUUAACCAAGGCCUUGGAAAAGGAAAGAUCAAGAAGUACAACCCUUCUCGAGUCGAUAGAAACGUUGAAGAUUCAAAUGAUCGAAGCCAUGAAGACUGGGUACCACUGA